UGGAAAUUAUACCAGCAGUGAAGUGAUUUCUUGAAAUUGAAAAAAAAUAUUAUAGAAAAUAUAACCAAAUGGAUAAUAAUAUUAAAAUUGUUUUAACAAGUGUUCUUAUUUUGUUAGAAACAUUAUUGGAGUCGUCUUCCUCAUCUUCUUCAUCGAGUGAUGACGAUAUUAUUGCAGUUGAUUUUCUCCUGCAGGAGUUUGUCAAAAAACCAAAAGUGGAAAACUUCGUGGAGGAUGUAGUUGAUAAAUAUUUGGAGGAACAGUUCCGCCAACAAUUUCGCAUACGACGGAGGACUUGUGAGUUCUUAACUCAAAGAUUUGAAAUGUCUUCUCAUUUCAAAAAGAAAGUGGAUUGCGGUGGAAAGCAAGAAAUUCCGGACAAAGUACAAAUUCUUGCGUUUCUGUGGUUUGCUGGAAAUAAGGAUUCCUAUCGUGAAGUUGCCAAUCUAUUUAAUAUUUCUACUGCCUCAAUGUUCAACAUUUUGAUUCGUCUUCUGGAGUUCUUUUUUGAAGUUUCUCCUAACUUCAUUAAAUUCCCUGCAACGGAUGAAGAAAAGCAGCGAGCAGCAGCGAAAUUCAAACAGAUUGCUGGAUUUCCAGGAGUGAUAGGGUGCAUUGAUGGAUGCUACAUAUAUGUAAGAAAACCGGCAGGAAAAUUACGGUCAACAUAUAUAAAUCGCCAUGACCUAUUAUCUUUGACUCUUCAAGGAAUUUGCGAUGCUGAAAAGCGUUUCAUCGAUGUGUUUGUUGGAUCUCCCAGUAAAAUUCAUGAUGCAAGAAUUUUCCAGUUGUCAUUUAUAAGUCAUGAUCUUCCUGACAUUUGUGGGACAGAAUAUCACAUACUUGGCGAUGCUGCAUACUCUUUACGGGAGUUAAUGUUGACUCCAUAUACAGUAAAACCCGGAUAAGUACCUCACCUUAAAUGCACUAUUUUGACAGGCACUAAAGCGGGUAAGGUACUUACAAGAACCCGGUUAAGUGCUCAUAGGCACUUAUCUCUAUAUUUAUUAAAUAAAAAAAAAUAUGUUUGAUUACUAAAAACAUAAUCUUCACAAAACAAAAUUACUUUGAAAGUUCAAAAUAGC